AUGACUAGUAAUGGCGGCGGAAAGAUGCGCAUUAAGAGCUUUCCCGUUACUCUCAAUGAACAACAUAUUGCUCAAACAUGGGAUAAACUGAAAUCGGCCAUUUUGGAAAUUCAGAAAAUGAAUAAUAAUGGCUUAAGCUUUGAAGAACUCUAUCGAAACGCAUAUACUUUGGUUUUACAGCGGCAUGGGGAUUUACUUUAUAAUGGAACGAAGCAAGUUGUAAUGCAACAUAUGCUGCGUAUUCGCGAAUCUGUUGUUGAGAAUCUUAACAACAAGUUUCUCUCUUACCUAAAUAGCUGUUGGAAGGAUCAUCAGACAGCUAUGCCAAUGAUUCGUGAUAUCUUACUUUAUAUGGACCGUAUUUAUGUGGCACAGAAAAAGUUAGACAGUAUUUAUAAAAUGGGAAUGAUGAUGUUUUGCCAAUAUGUCGUCCGUUACGAUAUAAUAAAAGAACAUCUUCAAAAAACUUUGCUUGACAUGGUGAAACGUGAGCGUCAAGGUGAGCUUAUCUCUAGGCCACAAAUUCGUGAUGCUUGCCAGAUGUUAGUUGAACUGGGUGUCGGUUCUCUAGACGUUUAUACAGAGGAUUUUGAGCAACCCUUCCUUCAGCAAACCCAGGAAUUUUAUGUCGCCGAAAGUGAGGCCUUCUUAGCUCAAAAUCCCUCUGCUAUUCUUUACAUCAACAAAGUUGAACAAAGAAUUGAAGAGGAAAUGGCACGAGUUUAUCAUUAUCUGGACGAGUCUACGGGUCCAAAACUUGUGAAAGUUCUGGAGCAGGAAUUAAUUAGUCGUCAUAUCAACACAAUAGUAAACACCGAUAACUGCGGUCUUACUUAUCUUCUAGCAAAUGAACGUUAUAGUGAUGUAACAACCAUGUUCAAGGUAUUAUCUCGAGUACCGGAAGGCCCUAAAGCAAUGAGCCAGUGCAUAAGUGCUUUUGUUCGAGAACGAGGUCUAAAUAUCGUUCGUGAUACGGGAAGUAAUAACCCCCUUCAAUAUGUCCAAGAUUUACUUCAACUUCGCGCGCGAUGUGAUGAUAUCCUAAAGUCUUUGAAUAAUGAAACCAUCUUCCGUACGCAAUUGAACUUGGAUUUUGAGUUCUUUAUUAAUAAAAACCCCAAAUCUGCUGAGUUUCUAUCUCUCUUUAUUGAUGAGAAGUUGCGUCGUGGUUUUAAGGGAAUGUCUGAUCAUGAAGUAGAUAACAUAUUCGAUCAGUGCACUGUUCUUUUCCGCUACAUUCAAGAUAAGGACGUAUUUGAACGCUACUAUAAACAACACUUGGCUAAGAGAUUACUUCUGGGUAAAUGUCAAUCUGAUGACCAGGAAAAGAGUAUGAUUGCCAAGUUGAUGGCUGAAUGUGGUGGUCUGUUUACAAGCAAACUUGAGGGAAUGUUCAAGGAUAUGGCUGUCUCGAGUUCUCUGAUGGAGGAAUUUAUGGCCCGGAAUGAGAUGCCUAGUCUUGGGCUGGAACUCUACGUCCGAGUACUGACCAUUGGUCUCUGGCCCACUCAAAGUAGCAGUCCUCGUGUUUCUCUACCGGCUGAAGCUGUUCAUGCCUUCAAUGUCUACUCUGAGUAA